AUGGCUGAUCAACCACCUCAACCUCCACGACCACAUGGUCCUCGACUCAGCCAUUUGCAUUCGGAACCUGUGCCGAUGUCAUUCGCAUCUCCGCAACAAUUAGCGUAUUUAGCAGCUGGAGGUAGUUUAUUUCCUCAACAGCCGAUGCACACGAUGCAUCAACCACGUAUGCCAAGAAUGACUGCUCCACAUCACAUGAACAUGGGACAUCAUCCAGUGCACCGAAUGCAAACUUCGCCGGGCACAAUGACGACGAAUAACACGAUAUUCACUCCUGCUGCUGUGCCACAAACAACAUCAGUAGCAGCAGCUGUUGCUAAUGGCCAAUCAUUCAAGUCAUUACCUCCGCAAGAGAUUGAUCUGACUCAAUUUACUGGUUUUAAAUUCGUCACGUUAGAUGGUUUACAAGAAGAAACACGAGGUGUUUAUUAUAAAAUUAGUAAUGCCCUUCAUUGGGAGAUGUGCGAUGGUCAAGAAAGUUCAUGUCUCGACACUAUUCAGAACAAAUCUAAAGAUAAACGAGUGUUUCUCGUCACAUCGGGCUCAUUGGGAGCUAAGCUUGUACCACAAAUCCAUGAACUACCUCAGGUCUACGCCAUAUAUGUUUACUGUGCAGAUGUCAAACGUCAUAAAGAAUGGGCGAAGAAUUUCUCGAAAAUACGCGUUGUCUGCAACGAUGAUGAUCGAGAACUUUUACCACAGUUCGCCGUUGACGUCGCUCGAGCGAAUGUCGAUUGGGGUGACGCUCUGCUCAAAGCUGGUACGCGUGAUAAAGCGCAAGAAAAGUAUCAGUUAGCAUUAAAUAAGCUAGCUGAAUACUCGCCGAAUCAUGAUCCGGCAAUGGAUGUUGAGAUCAAAGGAAAAUUAGAGCAGUGCAAAUAG